AUGAUCUAUGAUUAUUCGCUUGAGCCAAGAGCGAUCUUUCGGCAUACGAACCGCGAAGAUCAACGGGAACAAAACCAGGGUUACGACCUGCCAGAGACGGAUUCUAGCAAAGAAGACCCGCAGAUGAUUCUCGAUAUGAUGUACCAACCGGAAGUGGCUGAUGAGGACCUACCAGUUCCAGACGAGCUUUACGAUGAGUUUUGGCAUGACCCUAAUGGGCCCCCAAGCCUUUUCUCUGACAGCCAAGAAGUCAUGCUUACGUACAAGAUCUUCAUGUCAACACCACUACUUCUCGUUUCCAAAGAAGUUAAUAGAGAGGCGGGGAGAGUACUCAAAGCCAACAAACGGGGAUGGAUCAAUUACUACAACGAAGUUGCGCGUUCCAACAUACACUACCAUCGGAUCAUCAAACCCUCCAAGGCUUUUCAGUACCUUUGGUCUCGCAGUCAAGUAGUUCUGGAGAACACUACCGAGGACACCUUGUUCUUCCUGCAGAUCCUACCAGAGGUCUUGAAAAAGAGCCUCCAUAAUGUGGAUCAAGAAGGGUUGGAGUUUAGCGAUGACACCGACGACUACGAGGUGGGAGACGACGAAUACUCCGAGCGCUACAAACAACCACUGGAUGGCGUCGAGGAACCUAUUUCGCCUACUUCAAUCGGGUCUGCAGUAUGGCGCGAUCUCGGAAUGGAGCGCGUCGUCAAGAUCACGAGGUCGCAGACAGCGGCCUAG